CUAAAGGACCGACAGGUUGGCUAGGUCGAAGUUGACUGUCCCACGGCCUAAUGCCCACCAGCGAAUUGUCGCAGGCUCUGAAUCCAUUCUUUGCACAACCAAGGCCUAGGUCCUCAAAUACCCAAAAUCAGUCCGUUCAACCCAGCCAAGCACAUGAGCCACAUCACAGCGAGCCUGAGCUUGCCAUCUCGGAGCCCCAGAGGCCCCCUGCGGCAUCAACAACGCCUCUUCAGAAUCUUCCCGUCCGUCCUGGCAAUACAACCUCCAGUGGAGCUCACCCAUUCCAAAUAGUGAUGAAUUACUUAAAUUCAGCACGGGAGUCGCAAGAAAUAGAACAAAAACGGAGACUUGCAUGGGAGCAAGAACAAGAGGCCAAGUACACACUACGGCAGGCAGAAAUGGAGCGUCGAAUGCUCGAGAUGCAGCAAGAGCUCGGUGCGCUCAAGGCGAAGAUCGCCUUUGGGACUCCGAAAGUUCCGGCGACUUCACCCUCAGUGCAGACGCCUUCCGUAACGGAUCAACAGUCCACACCAAUGACUUCGCCCGUGUUGUCCCAUUCUUCUACAAUCGCAGGGCACUAUGCAUCGCCCGAUCUAGGACAUGCUGCAUCACCCCCUAUUUUACCUCACACGUCAGCUUCAGAACCGCCUGCUGGUUCUCCUUCUGUUGGCAACACCACAGGCUCAGCUCAUGCAUCCCCCCUUCUUUCUAGGCCAGCACGGUUUAUUAACGUUGAUCCCUCAUCCUCCCGACAUGGCAGCUCAUCUAAUCCGCGCAAGAGACCCACGAUUGAUACCACGAGUGAUGAAGAUGAUAGUGACGGCUCUGAGUAUUCAUUAGUAGAACGACCCAUAAAACGAAAAAAUCAUCAUGACACUCGCUGUCUUACCAUACAGCAUGCUAUGCGCAGCCAUCUUUUGCGCGUCAUGCAGAUUGAGGACGACAAACACCUUCCCGAUAUCCACGCUGAAAGUAUUGUGCUGGGCCCCAACGAUCCUGUCCGUUUCGUCUGGGACAAGACACCUAAACAAUCUGUCCACAAUGGGCGAAUGAAAGAACGUGUGCUACAUGACCUCAGAGCCCAUCGCCACCUGUACAAACACGUUCCUGACAAGGAUUUCAACAAAAAAUCUCUGGAGUCUGUUUUCGACCAGGCAUUCGUUACAUUCAGGCAGAAAUUCAGAGCUCAGCGGGACGCCUCUGUCGCUGUAAACCAGAAACAGCGAGAAGACGUCAAAGCAAUGCGUUCCAGAAGAUUAAGCCGUAAAAAGACGAAACUGAGCAAUCGUUCAGACGCUCGAAAUAAAGUUGAAGCCUUCGAGCAUGUUGUAUUUGACGGCGCAUUACAAGUGGAAUGUAUGUCUUCUGAGGAAUCCGAAACUGAAGAGGAUCCGGUCGUCGGUUCCCGUACGACUUCGCUACGUGUUCGGGGGCUCCCUUGGCGUAGCACUCGGUUACUACGCCUUUUCGAUAUACUGGAUAAUUAUGAAAAAGCGGAUAACUCACAAAAGCCGCGGAGAGGCGUCGGAAGGAAAGAACGAUUUCAUGGUUUACCAAAAGAAGGCCUCAUUCUCCCACCUAAAGGCGUAGCCACUUGGAUGAUCAGUAAACGCUGGAUAAGUGUGAUGCAGGCGUCUCACUUGGAGGUGUUGAGUGGUCUGAAGGAUAUUAUUCUGGAUCCCGUUGGCUUUGAUUGGAGCCAAUUUCAUGCCCUUGGAGAGCAGAGCGAGGACGAAGAGAGUCUCGACAUGGCACGACACCAUGACAUGAUGAUUGCGCAUAAUGGUUUACACUUUACUCAUCCCGAUGAUGGCACGGCUAUCAGUGCUAUUUCUUCUUUGUAUAAUGCUCUAGUACAUACCCAGUAGGCUCGAAUGUGAAGGCGAUGAAUGACC